CAAGACAGUGCGUUUAUUGAGAACUCUCUUUGUAUGAUGAAAAAUAUUUAUGUGAUUUUUCUAUAAGUGGCAACAAAACAAAUGCAGGGAAUUUCCCACUAGUUUCAGUUUGUGAAUUUUAAAGUUACAUAGUUUUGCAAUUUAUUAAAACUAAGUGUUAUACCUUACGUAUUACAAAAAAGGAAUUGUAUUGAAAUAUAAAAGCUAUGGAAGCCCCUGCAGCUAAAGGACCGAUUCGUCGAAUCACAAAAAAUGAUCUUUUAAUUUUAGCAUGCAACAAACGUAAUGAUCUACUGUUAUAUGAGUUGAACAGGACAAAUUUUGGGUUUCAAAGAUUUCUUCAAAAUCAAGAAUAUUUGAAACAAGAUGGUAAAAUCGAUUGUGAUAUUAUGGCAACUCUCGUUCAAAUAAUCUAUAAUGUUUGCACUGUGAGUUUAAAUAGACUGGAAGGUAGUCUUGUGAAAUUUCUUGAAAUGUUGAAGGAUUGCAAAAAGUUUAUUUUUGUUGAUGUCCAUGUCACAAUAAAUACACUUUUAAUAGAAAAACAUUCAACCAAUUUAGUUACACUUACCACAAACUAUUUGAUUAUUUUGCAAAAAUUACUAAGGCAUUGUGAGUGUAGAGAAAUUAUAGAUGAUGUUUUUCCGGCUCUACAGAACUACUUUAACACGAUGCGGCUUCGAAAGUUGCAAAACUUAGCAGACAUCAAAGCUCAGUUUGACAUAUUAAAACACAAAAUCGAAAGAUUUGAUGACCCUAAGCCUGCAUUGGAGGAUUUAGAUGAAUUGGGUAAAUUUCGAGAGCUCUCUAUUGUACCUAGAGAAAAUGAUAUAAUAAAUUGUGAAACUCCAGAUUUACCACAAAAUAUUAUUGAUGGCCCUUACUCAAGUGUUAACCACUAUUUAGCAGUUCACUUUCGCCUUACAAGAGAGGAUAUGCUUCGAUCAUUUCGUGAAUGUGUUGCGCAUUGUUUGAAUUCGGAUGAAACAGCACUCAUUAGAUCAGAGACCCAAAAAUAUGAUAAAGUUCUUGUGGUACGUCCAGCGAAAUAUAAGCCUGAAGGUAUAUGCUGUACAAUCGAAGUUUAUUCAUCCAAAGCGGUCAAUUGGAAAGACUCUAUUCUCUCACUACCUGGAAGUAUGGUCUGUCUAACUCCAGACAAGUUUAAUAAAGUAAUAUUUGCAUCUGUCCAAGAGUUGAAAGCUCCCACCGGAAAAAGUGAAAAAUGUACUAUAAAACUCAUUUUAGAAGAUGACCGCUAUGAAGAUUCAUUGUAUGCAGAUGUUCAAUAUCUAAUGGUGGUUCCAAAUGCGUAUUUUGAAUGCUAUAAGCAUGUAUUGUCUGCUAUAAAAAGCUUUAGUCCGAGCAGUUUUCCUUUGUCUGAUUAUCUUGUCUCUCUAGAAAGUAGUGAAGCUUCGCCUGAAUACUUGAGAGAUCCUGAUAGCUUAUUAGGUCGAAAGUAUUCCCUUUGUGAAAAUUGUGAGUAUUCUUCUGAAGGCUGUGAAAUUCCGGACAAGAAUGAAGAUUUGUGCAAAAAAUUUGAUCCGUUGCUUUAUGAUGAAUGGCCAUCAGCAGAUAGUUUAAAAUUAGAUGAACACCAGUAUGAAGCUUAUAAAUUAGCUUUGACUAAUAAAGUAGCAAUAAUACAAGGCCCACCAGGCACAGGAAAAACAUUCAUGGGAAAGAAGAUGGUGAAAGCUCUUUUAAAAAACACUAAUCUUACUCCUAUUAUCAUCUGCUGUAUGACAAACCAUGCUCUUGAUCAGUUUCUUGAAGGUCUUUUGAAAGAAAAUGUUGAAAACAUUGUUAGACUCGGUAGUCAAAGCAAAAGUACAAUUAUGAAACCAUACACUAUGGAUAACAUAGUUUUGACUCAUAAGCUUUAUAUGGAACAAGACAAUUCUAAUCGUAUAACAGAUCAGAUAGCAAAAUCCAUCAUAAAGAGGAUGCAGAAAUUUAUGCCUCAUAUUUUAAAUCCCGAUGUUAGAUAUGGUGGUGAAUAUGAUCCAGCACUUUUUGCCUUAAAAGACAUAUGUCGGGAUUUGAAUAAUGAUAUAGAGUUGCUUGAUUUCUGUAAAAACAAAUAUUUAGAAAGUUCUGCACUACAGGCUAUCAUUGAUAGUAACAAAAAAGAAGAAUUAUUGUCAAAGUCUUCUUCACGUUGCAGUGAAUUGACAGAAAAUAUUAUGGAGUGGUUAGGAUGUUCACGUAAAUUAAAACUUUAUGAAGAAUGUGAAAAACGUUUCAAUAAAAUGAAUGAGAAAAGUUUAAAUAUUACUCUGAAACAUGAAAAUAUCUGGUCCUUGCACCUAACCAACAGGUUUGAACUUUUUUAUUUGUGGCGAAAAAAUUGUAUGGAAAUUUUAAAAAAAAAUAUUGUUGAAGAAAAAGAAGAGUAUAAAAAAUUAAAACAGUCAUAUUGUGGUAAAGGUUUUGACAGUUCUCUCAAAAUUGAAGUAUUGAAAAGUGCUCAUAUUGUUGGUGUAACAACUACUGGUGCUGCAAAAUUUCGUGAAUUGCUGUACUAUGCCCAACCCUCUAUUUUAGUUGUAGAGGAAGCAGCUGAAGUGCUUGAAUCUCAUACAAUAGCUGCUCUUUUACCAAGCAUUAAACACUUUAUCCUAAUUGGUGACCAUAAACAAUUAAGGCCACUGCCAUCAGAUCAUGAACUAAGUGAAGUAUAUAAUUUAAAAAUAUCAAUGUUCGAAAGACUUUUUACGAACAAUGUUCCUAAUACAACUCUAGUGUCGCAACAUCGUAUGAAACCGUGUAUUGCUGAUCUCUUAGUUAAUGAUCAUUUAUACGAAAUGUUGAAAAGUGAUGAAAGUGUUUAUAAAUAUAAGGAAAUUAAUGGUGUGAAAUCUAGCGUCUUCUUUUUUGAUCAUGCUGAGAGAGAAUCGGAAAGAUCUUCUAGCACAAGUUCUUCUAAUAAAUUUGAAGCUGAAAUUGCUGUAGCAUUGGCAAAGUAUUUCCAGGUCCAGUCGUAUUCUCUUGAUCGAAUAACCAUUCUUGCCACUUAUGCUGCUCAAGUAAGCCUUAUUCGAGACUUCCUUUUUAAAGCCGACUUAGAAGUUAAAAUAACUACUGUUGACAAUUAUCAAGGUGAGGAAAAUGAUAUCGUUAUAGUGUCAUUUGUUAGAAAUAACAGAAAUGGUGUUAUUGGGUUUCUAAAAGAAAACAAUAGAGUAUGUGUUGCACUGUCUAGAGCAAAGAUGGGCAUGUUCUGUCUUGGUAACUUUAAAAUGUAUGCCGAGAAAAGCCCUCUUUGGAGCGCAAUUUUACCCAAAUUACAAGAGCAAGGAAUGAUAGGGGAUAAAAUUCCUUUACAAUGUAGUCGACAUGGAACUGAAACCUCUGUUCAAACUGAAGUUGAGAUUUCUGAAUUUAUGCAUCGAGGCUGCCAGCAACAAUGCAACUUCAAACUCCCUUGUGGACAUAAUUGCAUAAACAGAUGUCAUAAUUUUGAUGCUGAUCACAAGCUUUAUCAAUGUCAGUUGCCUUGUGAAAAAUUCAUCGAUGUAGAUCGAAUAUGCCCCCGAUUAUGCUUCCAGCCUUGUAAGAGAGUAAAAAAGAAUGCAAUAACUCUUCCUUGUGGGCACAAAUCCAGAACAGUUAAUAUUACAGGUUUUACUUGCCUUGAAGAGGUGCAAAAAUUAUUACCAUGCAAUCAUCUGGUCACAGUAGCUUGCUGCGUGGACAUAACUCAGUAUAACUGUCCUUCUUUGGAGACAGUUAUACUUCCAUGUGGUCAUACGAGUAAAGUUCCUUGUUUCAAAAAAGAUAAAAUAAGUGAAAUUAUCUGUCGUGAGAAGCGUCCUUUAAUUUCACCUUGUGGUCACACGGUGGAUGUGGCGUGUAAUUUAGAUUUGGAUGGAAGUGAUCUUCUGUCUUAUUGCAAUCGACUGUGUGGCAUAAUGCUGAAUUGUGGGCAUCUUUGUGAAGGUUAUUGCCGGUUUUGUUUAGAUUUUGGAAUUCAUGCACUUUGCACUGCAAAAUGUGAUCAAAAACUUCCAUGUGGUCACCUUUGUAAAGGCUACUGUAACAGUCCUUGCCCUCCCUGUAAAGAACAGUGUGGAUUGGUGUGCCCUCACGCUAAUUCAAAUAAUAGCAGAUGCAUCAAUAGCUGCUACAGACCAUGCAUUGAAUGUAAGUUGCCAUGUCAAUUACGCUGUGACCAUGUUAAAUGUCCGAAACUUUGCUAUCAAAAAUGUACUGUAGAACCCUGUUCUAUGAAUUGCUCUCAAAUCUUACCAUGUGGGCAUGAAUGCAUUGGGUUGUGUGGUGAUCCAUGUCCAUAUUUAUGUCGUGUGUGUAAUGAAAGUGACAUUGAAAAUGGUAAUCCAAAAGUUGACCGCUACAUUAUGUUGAUGGAUUGUGACCAUGUUAUUGAAAUGAAAGAGUUAAUCAAACAUAUAGAGCAAUGUUUAGAGUGUUUUGAAUGGCCUAAUUGUCCCUUAUGUUCAAAGUCGAUAUAUCAAAGCCUGCGCUUUAAGAAUCAUUUGAUGAAUGCUAAGAAUUGUCUCCUGCAAAGCUGUGAUACUAGAACAAUGGUUAGUGAAAUUAGAUUCCUUCUUCACACAACUUACGAUGCCGAUUAUAUUAUACCAGCUGUCUUCAGUGGCAUAAACAGAAAAAUCGAGCGCAUUCUUGAAAAUGAGCAAACUCCUGAUGUAUUGGUUGUUUUAAAAACUGUUGUUAAUUUAAGAAGUUUAGUUAAAAUUCAUGAAAUGAUUGAAAACUGGGGUGAGGCUAACUUUAACUGCCAUGUAUUAAAUCGUUUUGAAACCUUAUUGUUAUGGCUCUCAAAUCAUUUGAGAUAUGCUAGUUACCAGCAAAUUAUGGAAUCAGAAAAAGCAAUUGAAGUAUUAGAGAAUCUUGUUAAAAAACAAGUAGAGCUGUUCUAGGAAUGUUUGAGGUGUCUAAAAUCUUUAAUAAUAUAAUCAAGUUAUUUAUGAAUAAUCUAGAUUUUUUUUUUUGGUUUGGUGAAAAUCAUUGUAAUACUGGAAAGGUGUGACUUAGUACAACUUAAUUUAUUUAUGUUAUGUUUUAAUAUUUCAAAAUAUUGUUAUGUUUUUCAAAUUGAUUAAAAUUAGGAAGUUAACCUGAAUAAUAAAAUAAGUUCAAAGGAAGAGCUUGAGAAUUUUUGUUAAAAAUUAUUCAAAUGUUUAAGUAAACUGUUAGGAGUUUUUAAUUUAUGAGAAAUGCAUUAUUUUUUGAAAAUUGAUGGCAUCACUAAUUUUAGUGCCAUAUGAAAAAUCAUUUAACUUCCCUAUAUUUUCAAUUAUUCAAAUUUGAAAUAAAAUGGUAUAAAAUUUGAAAUAACAGGCAAUUUAAAUCAUACUUUGCAUUUGAACUGUAUUUAAAUUUUUUAUCAGUACAUUUAUGUCAGAUGCCAGGGUUUAAUCCAGGUAGAAAUCGAGUUCAUAUUAGAAGAUCAUACUCAAGGAGGAGAAACGAGGGAUACUUGCUCUAGGGCCUAGUCUUAAAUCCAUACAAAAGUUUUCUUUUUUCUUAUUUUUUUAAUGAAAACUGAAGCUUGUGUAACUAAAACUUACAUGAUAAAAAUGUAGCUGACAUGAAAACUGAACCUUACAUACCUUUAAAAACUACACUUAUGAAUAAAGGCUUCUUAAAAUUUCUACACAAAAAGAAAAUAAGAUUUUUGUUUUGUAAAAUGCCCGCAUUAAACUUAGUCCCUUGCCCUGUGUUCGGCUUUAACCUUACUAUUUGAAGAGCCCUUCACCGAAUUCUUAAAAAGAGUCAUUUAAUAAAUUUCCAAUUGUAAAUACUACUAUUCUAGAUUAAAUCGCAAAAACUUCCUUUCAAUGGUUUCCUACUUUUAGUAUUUUAUCAAUUUAUUGUUCAUAUGUACUUGUUUUCAAACACUAUUGAUGUUCAAAAAUAUAUAGUGACUGCUAAAAUUGAAUUUCUUUAAAGAUUAAAGUAAAUAUAACAAAAUUAUUUCCUCUUUUUUUUCCAGAAAAACAGGCCCUAAAGAGAUAAACUUGGAUUUUUCCUUGAAUGUAAAUAUUUUGAGUAAUCGUGUGUUUUAUGUUUUUUCAGCAUUUUAUUCAGAUAAUUAUGUAAUUGAAAUCAAUUAUUAAUAACUUAAUUGUCUAACUUUUCACAGUUUAGUAUACAAAGUGUUUUGUAAUGACCAGUUUUAAAAUCUAUUUUUAGAGUAAAAAAUAAUUUUUUCAUUAAGGUUUGGAAGUUUAUCGAAGUAAAAAAGAAUGUAAUGAAUUUGCUCAAGAAGCUUGUGGUAAAUUUUCCUUCAACCAAAAAUUUUAUUUGUUAUUCUGAUUUUGGCAUUCUUCUAAUCACUUUUUAUUUCCUUGUAAUAUAUUUUCUUUUAUAGAUAUGUUUAGUUAAUUAAAAUUUUCAAAAACUGGUUUAUGUGAGGAAGAACUUGUAAGGUGGUUUCUGAGAACUGGUGGUUUCUAAAGUGGUAACUUAUUUAAUAAAUCCUUUUUUGAUC